AUGGGAAACACUUUCGGCUGCUACAAGAUUAACAAAUUGGAUGCAGUCACGUUGUCACCAACAAGCGAUGGAACUGAUCCAUUUACAAAUUUUGAGCUAAGCGACAAGGAGUAUGCAGAAUCGGCCAACAAGUCUGCUAGAGAAAGCGACAAGCCUUAUCUUACUGCAGGUAAACAGGAGAUCGUCAUUGCCAGCAAGACUAAAUCUCCAGUCGAUCAAAUGGCACCACUGGAUUCCGAUGAGGGAGUCACGUUUGACGAGGAAAGUGGUCACGUUUGA